AUGGAUCCUUGUGUCGAUAUCUUCCAAAUCUACCGUCAAUACUGCGAUAUUACAUCAAGGGCGAUUGUUAAUGAGGGAGAAGGAUAUGGUCCAGACGACGAGUCUCUGAAGGCAAGAAUCUCAAGAGAGGCAUUAGCCGAGUUGUUGAAAGUGGUGGAAUUGAAUGUCAGUACAAGGGCUUCAAUUCUUGACGAAGUUUACAAGCUGAUGUCAACACUAGAACUGAUGGCAAAGUUUUCAGAGUUCUCGCGCUUCUAUGAUUUCGUUUUCUUCAUUUGUCGAGAAAAUGGCCAAAAGAGCAUCACUGUUAGCAGGGCCGUCAUGGCCUGGAGAUUAGUAUUAUCCGGAAGGUUUCGUCUACUUGAUCAAUGGUGCAACUUUGUGGAGAAACAUCAACGGCAUAACAUUUCUGAGGACACAUGGCGGCAAGUUUUAGCUUUCAGUCGAUGUGUCCAUGAAAAUCUUGAAGGGUAUGACCCUGAAGGAGCAUGGCCUGUUUUAAUCGAUGACUUCGUUGACUACAUGUACAGGAUCAGGGGAUCUGGAUGCCCUCCUAAUUUGUUCUGCAAUUGUGGUGACUCGGAACCCCAACAACGUGUGGACUCAGUGCCUGGGCUGAAAAUAUUCCCCGGAUCAAAGAGAAAAUCGGACGAUAACAUGCAAAUGGAUGAGGAAACUUCAGAUGAGUACGCGGUCUCUAAUAGUACUAUCAAAAGCACUAAGAGAAUGCACUUUUAUUUGAUCGAGAAUACUGUUAAUGGUGAGGAUGAUCGUGUUGGAAUAAUUAAGCAUAAUUACAACAAUUGUAUCCCGUUGGGUGGCACCAAAUCGGUUUGUGCAGUUGAAGGUUGUUUGGCCAAGGGUUUUGCAGAGCUUUUGACCAAUCAAUCUUGUUUACAAUUCGAUCGGGAGAGGAGAGUUUCGUAUACAUAA